AUGAAGUCCAAUGGCAGUGCUCGCUCCUUCAACCAGGACCACUUCAUCCUCACAGCACAUCGUAUGGCGAAAGAAUGGUCCACUCCCCUUUCCGACCUCUCCCACGCGGACUUCUUGAAGAUCUACUCCAAGGACGUGGACUGGUUCGACCAUGCGUUCCUCAUCCACCGCAAGGGCCACGUCGGAGUCGAGAUGCUCCGAGAACGCUGGCUCACGACGAACCAGCCGUACUCCGUGACCGUUACGGACGUUCAUCCAACGACCAACGGCGCGAUCAUGGAAGGCUUCGCGGAAGGCGUGUUUGCGAAGGCGCUGUACAGCAUCCAACCGACCGGCAAAGCUUUUACCUAUGCGUUGAUGAUCCGGCUCCAGUUCGAUGAACGCACGGGCUUGAUCCAGAGGGUGGACGAGUAUUACACCAGGAAUUGGGAUUCAUCGGUGCCGACCGCAAGGUACAAAGUGGAUGAUAGCAGGGCAAAUGCAGAAGGGCUGCCGUCUUCGUAG